AUGUACAAAGAUACCACAGCUCAAGUACGUUCACCAGAUGGAGAGACCGACUCAUUUACCAUCUUAGCAGGAGUGCUUGAAGGAGAUACCUUAGCACCAUACCUAUUCAUCAUAGCAUUGGAUUAUGCUCUAAGAAUGGCUACUGAAGGGUUCGAGGAUCUAGGCUUCACCCUACAGGAAAGGAAAAGUAGCAGAUAUCCUGCUGAAAUGAUCACUGAUACCGACUUUGCUGAUGAUAUUGCACUAAUCUCAGACAAUCUGGAAAAGGCACAGAAGCUCCUAGAACAAGUGGAGUCUGCAGCAAGCCAAGUCGGUCUACAAAUAAACAGUACUAAGACAGAAUUCAUGAUGUACAACCUUCGUGAAGGCGAUAUCUGUACUGCUGACAGGACAAAGCUGAAGCAGGUCCAAGACUUUCAGUACCUUGGCUCGUGGGUUGAUCAGUCAAAACAAGACCUGAUUAUCCGAAAAGCAAAAGCCAGACUGAGAGACCGUCGCCUUCGUUUCAGUGGGCACUGCUGGAGGAGCAAGAGUGAAAUCAUUUCACAAAUGCUCUUCUGGGAGCCCUCAAGGGGCAAACGCACCAGAGGGCGCCCAGCAAUGACUUACAUUGACCAGUUAGCAAAAGACACCUGUCUACCAAGACAGGAGCUCCAAAUAUCAUGGAGAAUAGAACUGAAUGGAAAAAGCUUGUCAAAUCAGUGCGAGUACGCUCGACCUAGUAGUAGUUACAGUUAA